GGCUUGGCGUCGCCGCGUCGUCGGCUUCAAACAUUGAAGAAGUAAAGAUCGGGCGAAGGAGAAGAAGAACUUGGGAUCUGAAUUGGCGAUGAGAAGAGGGACGAAGGGCUCGGCGGCAAAGGAGCAGGGGUUCGAAGGAAGAAUAAAAUUUACAUUAGGAUUGGGAGUGCAGUUGAACUUUAAACAAAUAAAUUGAGAGGGAGGUGACUAGCAAGAAAGGAUCUAGGAGAAUUUCUCAUGUCUUGAAUUGUCAUUUUUCAUUUUAACUUCACAUCACACAUCGUUACAAGUUAGUGCAACUGGAACUUGCUGUGCCGAGUCCUCAUUGUACAACACUUAUGAUUUCUCUUAUAGAUCAAUGCUUCCCAGCUAGGAUUUCACACCUUGCUUGCAGAUUCACAUCCUCGCUUGCUUUGAUCGGAAUGUCAUACCCUAUUUCUCAUGAACAUGAAGAGAACUCCAAACCUUUGGGCCCUUUUAAGCUCUUCAGUGAUCACAGAAUGUCAAGACAGCCCAGCAUUAGAAGCACAAAAAUCUUACACGCCUACCUGGUCAAAAUUGAUGCAUUGCAAUCCAAUGUAUUUUUCACAAACUCUUUGCUCAACUUGUACUGUAAAUCUUCUGCGAUGGUUGUUGCCUGCAAGCUGUUUGAUUCAAUUACUCUUCCAAAUAUUCAGUCUUGGAAUAUCAUGAUAUCUGGUUACAAUGGCAAUUCCAUGUAUGAGAAAUCAUGGGAGAUGUUUUGUCAGAUGCAUUCAAUUGGUGAGGAGCUAAAUGAGUUUACUUAUGGGAGUGUUCUCUCAGCCUGUGCUGCCUUGCAAGCUUCAGCAUUAGGUAAGCAAGUUUAUUCACUUGCAAUGAAAAAAGGGUUUGUUUUUAAUGGUUAUGUCCGCACUGGGAUGAUAGAUAUGUUUUCCAAGAAUUGCAGCUUUGAAGAGGCUCAAAGGGUCUUUUUUGAUGUUUCAUGUGAUAACAUGGUUUGUUGGAAUGCUAUGAUUUCUGGGGCAGUUAGAAAUGGAGAGUACUGGGCCGCCUUAAAUCUUUUUUGUCAAAUGUGUCAUCAAUCUCUAAAGCCAAAUGGCUAUACAUUUCCAAGUGUUUUGACAGCAUGCUGUUCACUCAAAGAACUGCAGAUUGGGGAAAUAAUUCAUGGACGAGUAAUAAAAUGUGUUGCUGCAGAUAUUUUUGUGGAUACUGCUAUUGUUGAUUUAUAUGCCAAAUGUGGACGUAUGGAUGAAGCUGGUAGGAAAUUCUUGCAGAUGCCAGUCCAUAAUGUGGUCUCCUGGACUGCUAUAAUUUCUGGAUUUGUGCAAGAGAAUGAUUCUAUUUCUGCACUUAAGUUUUUUAAGCAUAUGAGAGAAUCAGGGGAGGAGAUAAAUACCUAUACUGUUACUAGUGUACUUGCUGCUUGUUCCAAGCCAGGGAUGAUUGAAGAGGCAAGCCAAAUUCAUUCCUUAAUAUUAAAAUUACCUUUAAUUUCAGAGGCAACUGUCCAAGCUACCUUGAUCAAUAUGUAUGCAAAAAUAGGAGAAGUCAGACUUUCUGAUUUAGCCUUCAGUGAGAUAAAAUAUGUGAAAGAUGUGCGCAUAUGGGCAGCAAUGAUGUCUUCUUAUGCUUACAAUCAAAAUUCUAGAAAGGCGGUUGAAUUUUUUGUGUUUAUGUUGCAAGAAGGUGUUAGACCAGAUGAGUAUUGUAUGUCUAUAGUGUUAAGUAUCAUAAACUGCUUAUAUAUAGUGAGACAGAUGCAUAGUUACACUUUGAAGUCUGGACUAGUUACUAAUGCUACGGUAGGCUGUUCACUUUUCACCAUGUACUCUAAAUGUGGCUCUUUAGAGGAAUCUCAUAGAGUUUUUGAAGAAGCUCCUGACAAAGACAAUGUCUCAUGGGCCUCAAUGAUUGCUGGUUUUGUUGAACAUGGCUUUGCAGGUCAUGCUUUUCACCUAUUUAAAGAGAUGCUAUCUCAAGAAAUUUUACCUGAUUACUUGACCUUAACUGCAGUUCUAACUGCAUGUUCUGCUCUUAGUUUUCUACAGACAGGUAAAGAAAUACAUGGUUAUGCUUUUCGUUUGGGAAUGGGAACAGACACAGUUAUUGGUGGUGCACUUGUGUCCACGUACUCAAAAUGUGGAAGGUUGGAGCUUGCAAAGAGGGUGUUCAAUAUGCUACCUCAAAAGGAUAAGGUUGCGUGCUCUUCCUUAGUCUCAGGAUAUGCCCAAAAUGGCUUAAUUGAUGAGGCACUUCUGUUGUUCCGUGAUAUGAUCUUGACUGAUUUACCCAUUGACACCUUCAUAAUUUCAUCUGUCCUGAGGGCCAUUGCACUGUCAAAUAGAUCAUCAGCUGGGACUCAACUGCAUGCCUACAUUGAAAAAUUGGGCUUGCAAUCAGAUGUAUAUGUUGGUAGUUCACUAGUGACCAUGUACUCAAAAUGUGGAAGUUUGGAGGAUUGCUGCAAAGCAUUUGACCAUAUUGAGAAGCCUGAUUUGAUAGGUUGGACAGCAAUUAUUGUGAGCUAUGCUCAACAUGGUCAAGGUUCCAAAGCCUUAGCUACCUAUGAACUCAUGAGAAGAGAAGGCAUUCAACCUGAUGCAGUAACUUUUGUGGCAGUGUUAUUGGCUUGUAGUCAUAGUGGGCUGGUUGAAGAAGCCUUCUUCUAUCUUAAUUCAAUGGUCAGAGACUGUGGCAUUAAGCCUUGUCAUCGUCAUUUUGCCUGUAUUGUUGAUCUUCUUGGUCGAUCAGGUAGACUAAAAGAGGCAGAAAACUUCAUUAACACUAUGCCUGUAAAGCCUGAUGCUUUAAUUUGGGGAACACUCCUCGCAGCUUGUAAGGUCCAUGGUGAUUAUGAGCUUGGGAAGUUAGCAGCCCAAAAAGUAAUGGAAUUGGAGCAAUGUGAUGCUGGGGCUUAUGUUUCCUUCUCAAACAUUUGUGCGGAUUUAGGACAGUGGGAUGAAGUCCUUAGAAUUCGUGGGUUGAUGAAAGGAUCUGGGACAGCUAAAGAGCCUGGUUGGAGCUUUGUUUUGGCGAACACUCCUUCCAGAAUCAUCAGGGAUGUCACUUGACAACACGAGCAAACUGCUGGAUUGAUGUUUGAUCUCGAACCUAUUGUUGAGCAUAUUAAUGCUUAUCCAGAACAUCUUGAGUUUGCUUUUCAUGGUGGCUGACUUUUUGAUUCCAUUGAGAGAGUUUGCCCACGUGGCACACAGAUGCUAAUGAUGCAUAUCAUUUAUGGGUAUUGGUGUUUCCAAUUGUCUGGGUUACAUUGUAUAAGGAAGAGUUAAGUAACACUUGUCAGAUGGUCACUCAUCUGUCUAAAGAUUAUCAUUAGAGGGAGCAAGCCAGCAGAUCAAAUGUUGUGCAAGCUCUGCUCGGCCCUGAAUACCAAGUGAACUCAUCGAAUAUGUUGGGAAAACUUACAAUGUAUGGCACAUUGCACUAGCAUUGGUUGAAAAUCAUAUCAUGUUGUUCAUGAAUAACACCAAGUGCGCUGGGUAUCUAACUGAGCUUUAUCGCUUGCUUAAUGAAGAUGUGAGGUGUGGUUUAUGGAAGAAAUGAGUGAUCAUUACAGAACCUAGGCCAGGGCUUUCUAUUGUUCAAGCAUGACCGUUGGCAGCAUGCUCAAAGCCUCUUUUACUAAGCCAUGGUGAUACUGUUCCUGGUCAACUCAGUGGGAUGUGUUGGCAGACUUGAGACUUGGGCAAGACUGUUGAAAAUUAUGAAAUUCGUCUUGUGGCAGUCUUUGGCCUGAUUGGGCAUAUAUGAAGGAUUGUAAUUCCUAAAGCCCUGGUGGAAGAAACUCCAAAACUCUGAUUUAAGUAUAAUGUGCCCUUCAUGACAAAAACACAAAUGGCACGGUGGAUGUUGGCAACGUGGCAGGUAAAUGUGUUGUGAUUCUUGCUCUAGAACAAUGGUGGUAGCUGUCUGAAAUGUCCGUUCAUUCCAAAAUUUCCCUUGUGCGGCAAUUCCAACAAACAGGUGAAGUUAAGGAGUCAUCCAGAAUUCUGUUGGAUAUUUCCAAUGGAAAUGAAGGGUUUGUUUGGUUUUGUUUUCUGUUUUUAUGUUCUUAAAACAAUUAUGUACAAUAGUUUUUCAGAACAAGUUUGGAAACAAAAAAUGAAAAAAAUCUGUUUGAAUUA